GUUUGCUGAGUGGCCUGGCCUCGAGCGCUGGUAUUCAAGAUGGCGGACCCUCUGUCGCUUUUGCGCCAGUACAACACAAACAAGAAAGAGAUCACAGAAAUCGGCGAUGAUGUGUUAUUUGAUGAAUUCUCUUUCCCUAAGACUGCAAAGACCAACUAUGUCAUCAUCAAAUCACAACCCAAGGAAUACUACACUCUGGAAUCUCUGCUUUUCCUGCUAAAGAAUGUGCAUUUGUCCCAUCCAAACUAUGUGCAGCGUGCUGUUGCUGCUAAAAUCCCAGUCGUGAGGCUACCAGACAGAAAGGCUUUGCUCAGCUACCUAAAUGGCGAAACAGAUACUUCUGUCAGUAUUGACAAAAGUGCUCCCUUGGAGAUGCCGACCCAGAGAUCAGCCACCAACCUAAUACAAGCAAAAAGACCUGGAGAUGAAGUAGUGGGUGGGGAAUUCAAAAAACCGAGAGUUGAGACUGAGCUGUUACGACUAGACAAGAGAAAACUUGAAGCACGUCUUGAGGGCCAUAAAGAAAUUACAGUCACAACAGACCAGAUAAGAUCUCUAAGUGAGGCCAUGACAAAAGAGAAAAUAGCAGCCAUCAAAGCCAAGCGUCUUGCUAAGAAGAAGACUACACUGAUUAAAGUGGAUGAUGAACUUGAACCUGAAAUCCUGGAACAGCGAAGCUUUGUUGAUGCUGAAAUGGAUGUGACUCGUGACAUUGUUAGUAGAGAGAGACUGCUAAGAACAAGGUCAAGUGUUCUACAGAGCACAGGAAAGCCAUUCCUGAAAAACAUCCUAGCCAUCUUACAAUCUGUGAAGGCUCGAGAAGAAGGAAAGUACAAACAGCAGCAACCUGCAGUGGUGGCUGUACCGGAUGCUACUAAGAAGAAACCAGAAGCACCGGUUGCUUAUAACCGAUAUGGGCAAGAAAGAUUUAGAGGGAAAGAAGAAACGGAGGGCUUCAAGAUUGACACAGCUGGCACCUACCAUGGGUUGAGCUUGGAGCACGUCAAGGAGGGAACACAUAGAACAGUCAGACGUACAGCCCCAAGUCCAUCACCACACACACAACCAGCCAAGCCGCUAAAACCAAGCACCCAGAAACCAUCAAAACGAGAAUCCAAGACACCUAUCAUUGUAAUCCCUGCUGGUUCCACUUCCCUCAUCACCAUUUACAACGCCAAAGAGCUUCUGCAAGACUUCAAGUUCGUUUCGUCAGACGAAAAGAAGAAACAGGGAGCACGUCGUGAGAAUGAAGUUUUGAUCCAGAGACGUAAAGAUGCAAGCACUACGGUACCUUACCGCGUGGUGGAUAACCCAACAAGACUACAACCGAACGAGUGGGAUCGUGUAGUAGCAGUUUUUGUGCAAGGACCUACAUGGCAGUUCAAAGGAUGGCCUUGGCUCCUUGCUGACGGAUCCCCAGUUGAUAUCUUCACCAAAACACGAGGAUUCCAUCUGAAGUACGAUGACACCAAGACAGACCCAAACGUCCAGAAAUGGGAUGUCACGAUACUCACGAUAAACCGCAACACAAGGCAUUUGGACAAAGCAUCAAUUAACUCCUUCUGGACAAAUCUGGACAAAUUCAUGGUGAAAUCUAAGUCCGGGCUGAGAUUCUAAGGCGAAUUCGAGGCAAUUCCUUGCAUUAGCAUGGCCAGGAAAAUUUGUAAAUUGGCAAUUCAUCUUUUUCCUGCGUACGGAUGAAAGAUUCUUUCGUGGUUACCCUGUGUCAUUGAGAGGAUACAACUGCAACACACCUUGGUACAUGGGUACCCUGUGUACAAACGAACUAUGCUUUCACGGACUUUGUAUUUUUCCCUUUUCUAGUCAGCCUUUGUCUAGGUCUAUUAAUAUAAGAAACAGUCCAAUAUUAUUUUAUUAUUCUGACUGAAGAAUUAACAUUGAUAGUCCAUGCCAGCGUCUUGAGAGCUUGGUGGAAAGAAAUCACUUACAAAAUAUUGUAAAAAAAAUAUUGUUUUGUCAGUACUUUGUAACUCUAUGCUUUGAAUGUGUCGUUUUUACUGAAGAUAGAUGCUUUUAGCUCCACGAGAAUUAAAGAGCCCUGGUCGUCCCA